UAAAAUCAAGAGGAAAAAAAAAAGGAAGAGAGAGAGAGGCAAAGGCGAAGUUUGGAAGAUUGAAACCCAGUGAGUGAGGUUCGAGAUUUGUGAGCAAUUCGUGAACUUUGCGAAGGUCAGAGUUCAAUCAAUUGGUGUAAUGUUCGCUUCGCGCUGUUCAAAGCGACAAUGGCGUUUCGGACCCGGGUUUGGUGAUUCCAACUUAGGGUUUUGAUGUGCCAUUCAAUUUAAUGAAUUUGAGUUUGAUUUGCGGAAAUUCGUGCUCGGAGUUGGGGAGUUCCGUAGCGGUUUGAUCUCUAGGGUUUUGGGGUCGGGAAGAUGGGAUUUCGCUAUGCAUUGUGUGUUCUGUUUGGUUGCUGAAUUUGUGUUCUUUUGGGCGUAAGGGUAACCCUGUUUUUGUGCAGAAUUGCAAGUUUUACUGUGGGUUACUCUGUCAUUAGUAUCGCUCAUGCAUCUGGUUGUUGAUAUAUGCACGGAUUGUAGUUAGCCGAUUUGGAAAUUGGAAUAAGCUGAUAUGGGGGAGGGGAAGUUUGGUGUUCUCUGGAAGCGGAAAUAGCUGCAAUUUGGGUCAAAUUGAGGCUUCUGGUGGGUGGGUUGCUGUUUUUUUUUUUAUUUGUUUGGCGUUGUAUGAAUCUGUCUCGUGAGAAAUGCAACCGCAUCAGAGCUCAAGAAUUGAUUUGGGUGAAUUGAGAGCACAGAUUGUAAAGAAGCUUGGAGCGGAUAAGUCGAAGCGGUACUUUUAUUACUUGAACAGGUUUUUGAGUCAGAAGCUAAGCAAGACUGAGUUUGAUAAGUUGUGUUUUCGAGUGCUUGGUAGGGAGAAUCUUCCGUUGCAUAACCAUUUCAUAAAGUCAAUUUUGAAGAAUGCCUGCCAAGCCAAGACCCCGCCACCAAUCCAUCCAUCAGGUCCCCUGAAGUCUGGAGAACAUGCUUCAGAUAUAUCUCCUGGUAGAGAAGAUGGACACGAACAGAGCGUUGCCAGCUUCCAAAAUCAGAAUUCCAAAGCGCCCUUUUGGUCAAAUGGAGUUUUACCAGCAUCCCCUAAGGUUAGGUCUGGAAUACGCGAUUGGAAGCUAAGAGAUAGACCAAGCCCCCUUGGACCAAAUGGGAAGGUUGACUCUGUUUCUCACCAAUCCAUGGGGACAGAAGACUGUGACAGUAAGGUUGAUAUGGAAAAUGGAAUUCAUACACCAUGUGAUUAUCAGAGACCAAUGCAGCAUCUUCAAGCUGUUGCUGAACUACCUGAGAAUGAAAGGGGAGAUGCUGUUCGGCGACCUGCAGAAAAACCAAGAAUACAUGGGAAAGGGCCAGCUGAAAUGUCAAUCGUUGAAGAUGGGGAAGAAGUGGAUCAGUUAAAACGCCUAGGUUUCUCUAGAAGUCCCUUGAUAGCACCACUGGGGAUUCCUUAUUGCUCAGCAAGUGUAGGGGGAGCUCGCAAAGCAUUGCCAGUGAGUAGUGUGGGUGAUUUUGAAAAUUGUUGUGACAGUGGUAGGUUGUCUGAUACAGAUACACUGCGGAGGCGCAUGGAGCAGAUUGCUGCAGUACAAGGUCUUGGAGCUGUUUCUAUGGAAUGUGCCAAUAUGUUGAAUAACAUGUUGGAUGUGUACUUGAAACGGUUGAUAAGGUCUUGUGUUGAAUUAGUUGGAGCUAGAUCUACAAAUGAGGUGAGGAAGCCACCUGUUCCCAAACAGCAGAUGCAGGGUAAGGUCAUCAAUGGCAUGUGGGCAAAUAAUCAUAUACACAUGCCUGGUGGGUCAGCAGAGUCUGUUCCUGAACACAGACCACCAUGCUCAGUUUCUUUGCAUGAUUUUAAGGUUGCCAUGGAACUAAAUCCACGGCAACUUGGAGAAGAUUGGCCACUGCUGUUGGAGAAAAUAUCCAUGCUAUCAUUUGAGGAAUAACAUCUUUAUGAAAAUUUGUUUUUUUAUGCAAAAGGUCUUUUAGUUCUGAUGGCUCAGCAAUGAUUGGUGAUCAGUGGUUCUGUUCUCUGUGCCAGUAUGAACCAGAUGUUGACAAAUAGAUACUUCUAGCCCUUUCAAGAUGAAACAUUGGUUUUGAUCUUCAAAUUGUCUUAUCUCUGUAUUCUCUGCUAUUUGUAGGGCUUGGAUAGGGGAGAGAUUUAUUUAACUGCAACCAAGGGUACUAUCAAACGAAACCCAGGAUUGGUUGCACUGUUGUAUGUUUUUAGCAUUCAUGUUGGCUGUAUUUGCCAUUACUAGAGAUCUCAACGGUUUUGUUUGCAAUACAGCCAAUGAGAAAGAAAACUAAGAAAGUUUUGCAGGGAUACUGUCGUGUAGCUGGGAUCAAGGAGUUAUGACUUGUAUAAGUGCUGCAGGGUUGCUCUGUAUGUAUUUUUAAAAUCUGAGGAUUGAUUGAAAUUCAAUAUCAAUAACACAUUAACAUCUAAAAUUUCCUGGUCAUUUUAGUUUUAUUUUAUGGUUCAACUCCUUGAUUCCAAAUCCACCAAUCCCUAAGAAAUGCUUUUGUUUUCUAGUUUUGUGUAGAUUUGUAACACACUACCUUUUUAGUGCAAAUUAAUUUGGUGACUGUAAUUGUUAUUUUCAAAAUUUCAAUAAAAUGUGAGAUUUAUAAAUCUUGACAUAUCUCCUUUUCAUCGA